UUUUUUAACAUUUUUUUUCUUUAGUAGAUAUUUAUUUUAUUUUAAUUUAGUUUAGAAAUUAAAUCUCAAAAUGGCGAAAAAGAAGGAGAAGAAGAAAAAAGAGUCCGAACCCACAGAAUCCGAGGUCCAUGAGGAGGUGUUGGUGGCCGCCACGGACCUGGAGCCGGAGCCAGAGGAAAUCCAGUUCACCGAGACCUCGUAUACCAGUGCCUCCUUUGAGUCUCUUCCGCCAAUUCCUGUUGAGGAGGUUAAGCCGAAGAAGAAGGGAAGAAAGAAGAAAGUUGGCGAGAAAGAAUCCUCCAUGGUUAAGAAGACCAGUAGUGAGAUGUUCCAGUGGUCUGAAGAAUCUCUAGCCAUGGCCCUAGAAGAACCCCGCAAAGUUGAGGAGGCGCCAGUAGAAAAGAAGAAAAAGGGCAAAAAGGGAAAAGGGAAAGAUAAACAAGAGGAAGUGAUUCCCGUUUUCGAAAAGCCAAAAGCUUGGAAGAAAAUGAACAAAAGAGAAAGAGAGGCCUGGCUAAUCCAGAGGAUAGAAGACUGGAGAGCGGAGAAGGAGGCAGCUAAGCAAGCAAUCCUGGCCGGAGCAAAGGAAAAGCGCGCGAACCUAGCGAAAGAACGAAACGAGAAGAUGGCCAAGGAAGUAGCAGAACAGGACGUCCGGAGAGACAUACUGCAGAAGGCUUGUAACCUGUUCCAAAAAUUCGAAAAAGAGAAAAUGGAUUACGAGCUCAAGAAAGAAUUGGAUGCGGAGUGGCAACAAUACCUCCGUUGCGACGGGCUCCCGGACCCUCGCGUAGUGACUCAGCUGAACACCUUCCUCCACCUCUGGCAGCAGCUGGAGGUCUGUGACGAUGAGGAGCUCAACAAGAAGUUCAUUGAAGUUCUGCCGAUUCUGGAUAUGCUAGAAGAAUUUCGGCUGAAUUCCAGAAAGUUCACACCACGCCAAUCGGAGAAUUACAAUGAGAUUCGUCUAGCCCUGAGAGCUCAGCUAGCCAGUGCCAUCCAGAUAGCAUCAUACACGUUACUUCGAGACUUGGAGAAGUACCUCAAAUUCGAGUCAACGAAGGUCGCGACGUACGAACGAGAGUUCACCGGGCUCCGGUUGAAUAUCUGGGUCGCUGUUAAAUGGCCGACGAGGAAGAAGAAACCAGUUGAGCCUGAGCCUGAACAGGUACAGCUCAAAUUCCCUUCAAUGAAAGUCAUAGUGAAGCUACCGAAGAUUAUAGAUGGUUCGUGUGUGUGCGUGCGCGCAGCUCGCUCGCUGAUCGACCUGCUGAGCGAGAGUUCCAGAACGUUCGCGUUGAAAGCUGAUAUGCCGAAUCGAUAUGAAGAUCUUUUCACUUUCAAUGUGAAAGAGCUGAUAGAGGUGCAAAAAUUGAAGAAAUCUCAAGAUGAAAUAAGGACGAAGUUUUAUAAAGAAGUCAGAGAGAGGGUUCGGGAGUUAGAAGCUUUCUUGAAACUUAAUCCAUAUCUUAAGAAUGACAAGGAGAAAGAAGAAUUGGACAACCUGAAUAUGUCUGAGCCGCCUCUUUUACAAAUACCAAGAAUCCACAUAGCCCAUGUCAAUGAGCGUGACUUCAGAAGGUACUUGAGAUCCUGCCGCACGAAGACCAGGACAGGAGAAAUGAACUUGAGGAAGUAUAGAAUAUGCGGUGGUGUUCUGAACUUGGAUUUGAUAGUGACGCCGCCGCAGCCAAAGCGAAUGAGAAAUGCUAUCACAAUUACCACACUACAACUCCCAAAAUGCCUUCAACCCAUGAAGUACCAAGUGCAGUACCGCGCCCCCCAGCCCCACGCCGCGGGCGUCACUCGGACCCCCGAGGAGAUUGAGCAGGAGAUCAAGAAGGUUGAGGCCCAAUAUGAGAAGCUAGCUCAGGUGUUUAUAGACCUAUCUCAAGAGGUAAUGUGGAACGAGCCCCCCGUCGUGUGUCAGUGGCAGGAAGCAAGGAAACUCUGGACAAACAACUAUGUGAACGAUUACAAGUUUAACGAGGAUAAACUCACUAUACAGUUUAGAACUGGAGUUUUGUGGCCUAUCGGUAUCGCUACAUUGAAAUAUAGCAACAUACCGUUUCAGGGAUGGGAUAUAAAGCCAGAUCCCAACAGUAAAGGCGUGUUAAUAACUGUGACGGGUCUGUGUGUGACUGUGACUUGGCUUUGCAUGAAAAACGCUGUCAAAUUGAAGUACAUAGCGAAUGCCUCGACCGGAGCGCUAAAAGAACACUUCAACAAGAAAUACAGCGUUAAAAAAAUGGUCCAGAUCAUGCAUGAGGCAGCCUGUGACUUUUUCCCAGCUUUCGACGCUCACAACCACGUCGAGGGUUCAGCUCCCAAGGAGUGGGUGAUGGAGAGGCACACAUACCACGCCAUGGCUUUCCUCUCCAGGGCAUACAACUUCCAAUGGAGCAGGUGGAACGCUCAAGCCGGCUAUCGAGACGUGAUCAUGCAACUAAGAGAAUCAGUAGACCCGAAAAGAGAGUCUAAACUACAACUCCUGCACGUGACGCCUCAGAGAGCAACGAUGCUGAAGGCUAACGAGAUGAUGACGGAACUGAACCUGGAUCCAUUAAUCGGAAUGCCGUUCUAUCCAGACCUUUUCACCUUGAACAUGUCGUACGGGUCUGUGGACGCGCGCCGGACAACAUUCAGUAUGAAAUAUAAACUCGUUGAAACAGUAUUCGAUUUACUUCAAGAACUUAAACUUCUUAGCUUCUCCUAACACCCUGUAUACGUAUUUGAGUGUUGCAAGACGGAUUUUGUCUCUAUAUUUCAUUUAAGGAAAGAAAAAGAUAGAGCUAGUUUAGUGCCGAUCAAAUUUAUUCAUAUUAUUUGUGACAACA